GGGAGCGGAACCGGGAAGCGCGAAGAUGGCGGUGGCUAAGGAGCUGCUGGAGCAGGACCUGUACGGGCUGCUGGGGAUCGGCGAGAAGGCGUCCGAGAAGGAGGUGAAGACAGCGUUCCGGCAGAAGGCCCUGACCUGCCACCCGGACAAGAACCCGGACAACCCCCGGGCAGCGGAAAUCUUCCACCAGCUGUCCCAGGCCUUGGCCGUGCUCACAGAUGCAGCAGCCAGGGCAGCCUAUGACAGGGUGAGGAAGGCAAAGAAGGAGGCUGCAGCAAGGACACAGAAACUCGAUGAGAAGAGGAAGAAAGUAAAGCUUGAUCUUGAAGCCAGAGAACGGGAAGCCCAGUCCCAGGAGAAUGAAGACGAGGAGAUCAGGAUAACAAGAUCAUUAGAAGAAGAAAUAAUCCGCCUGCGUGAGGAGGGCUCCCGGCAGCUGGAGGAGCAGCAGAGGCUCAUCAGGGAGCAGAUCCGCCGGGAAAGGGAGCAGCACAGCCAAGGCAAGCAGGAAAGAAAUGGAGCAGAAGGCAAAAUAACUCCUAAGCUCAAGCUCAGGUGGAAAUGCAGAAAGGAAGAUGAGACAGGAGGGGGAUACUCCAAAGAUGUGCUGCUGCAGAUCCUGCAAAAGUAUGGUGAUGUGCUCAAUUUGUUGAUCUCCAGCAGGAAGAGCGGGAGUGCAGUGGUGGAAUUUGCCACGGUGAAGGCAGCUGAGAUGGCUGUGAAGAAUGAAGUUGGCCUGCUGAAUAACCCCCUGAAGAUUUCCUGGCUGGAGGGCCAGCCCCAGAGCCACCCCAGCACCGUCCUUCCUGACAGCACCAGCCAGCCCAGGACCUCACAGGCAUCCGUGGUGUCGGAACGGGACUACGAGAGCCUGGUGAUGAUGAGGAUGCGCCAGGCAGCCGAGAGGCAGCAGCUCAUCCAGCAGCUCCAGCGGGAAGAUGAGGAGGAAAAGUCCCACACUUAGCACAAGAGUAUGGAUUCUCCUCACCCCUCCGUCCCCCCCAGAGCUGUUUAUUUAAGUCAAUAAACCUCCUUUUUUUUUAAA